AUGGAUCAAGCUACGUCAACUUCUCUCGGAAAAUUGAUUCCAUUUGAGCAGACAAGUGCAAGUGUUCAGAAUCUCCUACAGCUUAGUUGUGUCGCUCGUAAUCACGCAUAUGCUCCCUAUAGUAAAUUUGCAGUAGGAGCUGCAUUACUGUGCAGAGAUGGAGAAAUAUUUCAAGGUUGUAAUGUUGAAAAUUCUAGCUAUGGUUUGUCAGUUUGUGCUGAGCAAACAGCCAUUGUCAAAGCUAUAAGCUCAGGAAAUAGAAAUAUUUCUGCCAUAGCAGUUGUUGCAGAUUCAAAUUCAUUUGUAACAACUCCUUGUGGUAAAUGCAGACAAUUUAUCAAUGAGUUUGGCACUCAAAUUGAUGUAUACUGUGCUAAAACAGACUUAAAGGAAGUAUUAUUGAGCAACAUAUCAAAUUUACUUCCUUACAGCUUUCACAUAAUGAGAUAA